CACUGCUUAGUUUCCGUCUGUUUCCAAAUGACAAUACUUCGAGAUCUGGAAAAGCUGGCUGGGUGGCAUAGAAUUUCUAUCAUUUAUAUUUUAAGUGGGAUUACUGGAAACCUUGCUAGUGCUAUUUUCCUGCCAUACAGAGCAGAGGUUGGACCUGCUGGAUCACAGUUUGGUAUAUUGGCGUGCCUGUUUGUGGAACUUUUUCAAAGCUGGCAAAUUCUAGCAAGACCAUGGAGAGCCUUCUUCAAACUGUUUGCUGUUGUUAUUUUCCUCUUUACUUUUGGCCUUCUUCCUUGGAUUGACAAUUUUGCUCAUUUUUCUGGCUUUGUCAGUGGUUUCUUCUUAUCCUUUGCGUUUCUCCCAUAUAUUAGUUUUGGUAGGUUUGACAUGUACCGCAAGAGAUGUCAAAUUAUUAUAUUCCUUUUAAUAUUUGUUGGGCUAUUCUCUGGUCUAGUAGUAUUAUUUUAUUUUUACCCUAUUAAGUGUGAUUUUUGUGAAUAUUUGACCUGUAUUCCAUUUACAGAUAAAUUCUGUGAGAAAUAUGACCUUGAUGCACAACUUCAUUGACACAUGUCAUUAGAAGUUUACUUCUAUAUAAACAAUAUUUCCAUACACAUAAACACAAUGUUUAACUUAUGAUAUGGUAGUGUAUUUUAACAGUGAAGCAGAAUAGCAAAAAAAUAUAUAUAUAUAUCCAGAAAAACGCAUGUCAAAAAAGU